AGCCGCCGUGAAGCAGUCCUCGAGCGGCAGUUAUAGCAGUCCAUAAAGGCGCGGGCACAGCUGGAAGCACACACGACACAGAUAAUGGAAUCACUUAAACAAGCCCAGCUAGAGAGAGAUGAAUAUGCUCAACAUCUAAAAGGAGAGAUGGCCCAGUGGCAGCAGAGGGUAUGGAAAAUGUCAGAGGAGGUUUGCACAUCGAAGGAGAAGAAACAUGACACACAUCGGGUACAGGAGCUGGAGGGGAGCUUGGCUGAACUCAUAAACUAGAUGGGUAAAACCCCACCCCCGGAGCCCCCAGCAGGGCCCUCUGUGGUGGAACAGCACCUACAAGCUGAGGCCGAGCACGUGAGGAAGGAGCUAGAGAGUCUGGCAGGACAGCUCCAAGCUCAGGUGCAAAACAGUCAAGGCUUGAGUCACCUGAACUGGGAGCAGGAGGAGAGGCUGCUGGAGCUGGAGCAGAAAGCCAGGCUCUGGGAGAAGCAGGCAGAGACACGCAUGCAAACCUUUCAGAAUCGCACCACCGUCAACUGCGCACUCUCUCAGAACCAAGAGCUCCAUGAGCAGCAGGCUGAGCCACAGGGCAGCUUUGUGCUUCUCUCUGUCCAGAACAACCAGAAUAAGAGUGCACUGCAGUUGGAGCAGCAAGUAAAGGAGCUGCAGGAGAAGCUGAGCAAGCUGAAGGAGAGGGUGAAGUUGAAGAACCAAGAGGCUCAGAGUCUGCAGCAGCAGGGAGACCAGUUCUUGGGUCACCUGCGGCAGUAUGUGGCUGCCUGUCAGCAGCUGGUCUCUGAGAAGGAGGCGCUGCGCAGGCAGUUACUGCUGCAGACCCAGCUCACGGACCAGCUGCAGCAGCAUGAAGCUCAGGGUAAAGUGGUGGCUGAGAUGGCCCUCCGAAAGUUGCAGGAGACCCAGGAGCGCCUGGAAGCUACCAGCCAGCAGAACCAGCAGCUUCAGGCCCAGUUGAGCCUCAUGGCACUCCCUGGGCAAGGUACAGGAGACCGCUCAGAGGAAGAGGAGAGAGAAGAGGAGGUGCCUCGGCCCAUGCUGAGCAUCCUGGAGGACCUGGAGAGCCGGGAGGUAAUGGUGGCAUUUUUCAACUCCGCUGGAGCCAGUGCCCAGGAGAAACAGGCACGGCUAUGUGGGCAGCUGAAGGAGCAAAGGGUGUGGUGCCAGUGCCUGACUCACCUUGUGGCCUUGGCCCAGAAGGAGCCCAAGGCAGUGGCCCCAGCCCCAGGGACUGAGGGUGAGUCUGUGUGUGGGCAGACCCACCAGGCCCUGCAGGGGGCCAUGGAGAAGCUGCAGAGUGGCUUUAUGGACCUCCUGAAGGAGAAAGCGGACAUGAAGGAGCGGGUGGAGAAAUUAGAGCUUCGAUUCGUCCACCUAGCGGGAAAGACAGACACCAUCAGAAAGUACAUCACGACAUAGGAGAGCCAGAGGGCAGUGCCAAAGAUGCAGCACCAGGAGGGGGACAUCAUCAGGCUGGCCCAGGACAAGAAGGAGAUGAAGGUGAAACUGCUGGAGCUGCAGGAUCUGGUGUUGCGGCUUGGCGGCAACCACAACGAGGGGCAUGGCAAAUUCCUGGCCGCUGCCCAGAACCCUGCUGAUGAUUGCGCUCCAGGUGCCCAAGCCCCCCGGAGCCUGGGGCUGCUGACAAGCAGCGGAGUGAGUAGAGCUGACAGCCUGGAGCCUGCACCAGGAGUGGCCAGGGAGGUUUGUCCCCACGACGACCCCACUGCACAGCAGCUCAUGCAGCUGCUUCCUGAGAUGCAGGACCCCCAGGAGCACCCAGACUUGGACAGCAACCCCUUCAUGCCAUUCUUUCAGGCUGCCAAGAACAGGGAGCUAAACAUCACCAUCAUCUAA